AUGCUCACGCCUGGACUGUCGAAGCUGAAAGAUUUCACCCAUGUCUGGAUGAAGCAAUGGUUACUUGAUACUUCCAUAUUCUGGGGCCUGGUGGGCCUGACAAUCAAACUCGCGCAAGAUAAUAAUGCAGCCGCGAUCCGUAUCAGUGCCAUGCUUCGUGAGCUGUGCCACAAGGUAUCGGAGUUCAACGAAAACUGCACUGAAUCGCAGCAAUUGACCUCUGAGACCAAAGAACUCUGCGUGGAAACUGCACUGUCUCUUCUUACCUUCAUCACACGCACUGUUGCAUUCUUGCGAAGUGAUGUCGAGUACACCACUCCUGGCGACAAACUCGAAAAGGAAUGGCAACCUCUUGCGGUUGACUAUUAUGCCACCUUGCGUGCUCUCGAUGGAUACAUUGUUCGCGCGGACAAACAAGCCAAGCUCCGAAAUCAAUCACUUCAGUCAGUGAGCCAGUCGUCAUCGACGUCGUUGACCCUACCGCAACCUCCGCCCGAUGAUGAAGCUAAACUCCCGUGCAUCAUCUUGCCGACCAUAAGAACUUCACGUUUCUUUAACCGCGACGACGUCCUCAUAAAAAUCGAAGCCUGGUACGCUCAGGCGGAUCUACGACAGACAUUCCGGUCUCUCGCCGUACAUGGUCUUGGAGGCCUUGGUAAAACAUCGGUCGCCCUCAAGUUCUGCGAAGCAAAGCUCCGCAGAAAUGAGCUUGAUGCACUGUUCUGGGUGCACGCUGAAACGGCGGUAUCUAUUCAACAAAGCUUCACAGACAUUGCCAUGCGCCUGAAGCUUCCCGAUGCACGCCGUGGCGAUCACGAAGAAAAUCGGGCUCUGGUUCUCAGCUGGCUGCAAACCACUCAAUGUCGGUGGCUCAUCAUUUACGACAACGCCGAAGAUGUCGACCUAAUAACUAGCUUCUGGCCUGCUACGAGCCGUGGUCAGGCAUUAAUAACCACUCGGAACCAUACUUUUGCUUUUGAGCCCGYCGAUGGUGGCUUAGAGCUGGCUACAUGGGACGACGCCACUGGCUCCAAAUUCCUCCUUCAUUUGCUUUCGACCAACAUCGCCAAGGAUCUCGAAGCUGAAGAAGCUACAUCCGCACAAGAGCUCUCGACCAAGCUGAGUGGACAUGCACUAGCAAUAUCGACCAUGGCAGGCCUGAUACACCGGAAAGCGUGGUCUAUCGCCGAGUUUCUGAAGAUAUACAAUCAGCRACCCGGCGAUAUCCACGGCAUCUCUGGAAACAGCCCCAUUAACGCGGUGUGGGACUUGUCGUUCAAGUCUCUCGAUGCCAAUAGCAAAGCAAUUCUGGGCGUACUUUGCUACUUCGCACCAGAUAGCAUCCCCCAGUCGCUGUUCGAAGAGUCGGAUGCCAAAAUUUCACUUCCGGAUUCUCUUGCCUUUUGCGCGGACUACCUCAGAUUUUCCGAUGUCUUCGACAAUCUUCUCACUCUUGCCUUGAUUAAGAGAGAUAAGACGUCGCGAACGUUCUCUCUGCACCGUCUUGUCCAGACAUCAUUCAAGUACUCUAUGACACCAGAACAGAGACAAGAGUGCUUCAACGACGCGGCCAUCUUGGUUUCACGAGUAUAUCCUCGACGUGGCAGUAUGGGAUCAAGUAACCUGUAUCUGAUGUGGGAGCGAUGCAGCUUCUAUCUGCAGCAUGUACUGUCUCUUCGGGACUGUUUCAAGGAAGAGAGGAAAACAAACUCUAGCUUCACCGCACCACAGACAUAUUGUGACCUCAAUAACGCAUGCCAGCGUUACUUGCUCGAAAUAUGUUCAUACAAGGAUCUUGGUGAGCUCAUCGAGGUGAACACCGCGGCCUUGAAGUCUCUGCCAGAAGUGGAUCAGACAGUCGGCUUACAGGGGUCACUGACCUCUCAUACUGGUCAGCUACACUGCCAUCUCGGGAGGGCCAAGGAGGGCGUCGAAUGGCUCAAGAAGUCGUAUGACAUUCGAGCGCAAGAUGUCCCUUUCAACCAUAUCGAGUCUUCCUGGGCGGCCGAGAAUGCUGCUCUUGGACUAGCAACCAUCAACGACUUUCCCGCAGCUAUCGAAUGGCACGAAAAAUCUUACAGGCACUGGCUGGACUGGCAUAAGCUGCACGGCGCUGCUGACGAUGAGUUCGACAGAGGAGCGCAGGGGACCGCAUGCUUGUGGGCUGGUGACUUGCCUCAAGCCCGAAUCUUUCUGAUGGAUGCACUGCGACAAGUCGAAGCAACGCAACCCUAUCAGUGGGCCGAUGCGGCACUCAUCUAUUUUGCCCUUGGCAAUCUCAAACAUCGAGAGCGAGCAUACGAUGCUGCUGAGACCCACUUCAUGGAGGCACAGAAUGCAUGGUCCAAAGGUGAUCAGUUUCGUACCGCACCCUUUAACGCAGCUUGCAUGUACAAGAUGGGGUGCAGUGCUCUGGGUCAGGGCAAGCUCGAGGCAGCCAUAAAACACCUGCGAGAUGCUAGAGCCGUGACCCAAAUGCGUCAGGACAUUCUCGUCGCUGAGCACGCUYGAACGCUGUUCAUGCUCUCGGAAGCAUUGGAGCAGGAUCCUAGAUCGCAAGCUGAGGCGCCGGACUUGCGCGAGGAAGCAGAGAGAAUUCUGCGGCUGCACUACCCACAGGUAGACAAGGCGGAUCAUGCGAGUACAUAUGAUGACCUCGUGUUCAUUGAGUGGAGGUGA